AUGGCGGAGAUCCUCUGUCGCGUGCCCUACAAAUCACUCUGCAUCUGCAAGUGUGUGUGCCCGGCCUGGCGCGACCUCAUCGCAGAUCCGGAGAGUCGGAAGAAAAUUGUGCAGUCCCUGGCCGGUUUCUUCCACCACAUCCCGGCCGACCCUACCGAGUCCCGCGGCUUGGCCGUCAACUACGCCGACCUGUCUGCCUUCCCUUGGGCGAGCGUGCCCAGGACCUACCCGCGCUUGCCACUACCGCCUGACAUCACGGACUGUUCCUUCACUCUCAAGGAUUCCUGCGAUGGGCUGUUUCUUACCCGGAUUGGGACGGGCACGCCGGAGCCACAGUUUCGCCACAUGGUCUCCAAUCCAGCUACCGGUGAGUACACUCUGCUGCCCCACUCUGGCUACUCUGGCUACGCUGGCAACCGCUGUUACUUGGGCUUCGACAGUGGUGUCUCCUCUGAAGAGUUUCAUGUGUUCCAGUUUGUGCAAUGGGCAGACGAGCACUGGGAGUCUGGGAUCCACCUAUUCCGGCUGUGA